AUGGCUUAUAAUCUUCGACCCAGGGAAGGUCUGCCACCACAUGAAUGUCCUGACUGCUCGACAGAUGAUAGCCCAAGCACAGGGAAUCUCAUAUUGCAAGGAAGUUUGGUGAGUGAACUUGCAACCCCAAAACAACAUGGCGGACUUCAUAAGCGGGAACCUUUGAUGACCCCAAUUUCAACGCGUUCUCUUAAACAACCGCCAGAAACAGAGGCAAGAUUAUCACAAAUAGAAACACGACUUGACAAGCUCACAGCUCUACUAGAACAAAGCCUGCAUGUUCAAAAACAAACACCAGAGGUACAAGUUAGUGGUGUACAGUCAAAUAUUCAUAAUGAUGACGGCCUAUACAUGCCAUACAGAAUGAUGAGAGCUGGUAAACCAUCAUCCAUGUCAUCCAAGCCGCUCCAUUCAUCCCUACAAGAUCAAUCAAGGGGGUUGCAUGCUGCUGCUAGCUAUGACAACACAUCUCCAGCUACCAAAAAGAAAGUCCUUGCCGGUGAGUACAUUGAUCUAGCAACUUUACAAUACCCCAGCCAUUCAUCCUGUGGUGAACAUGAUGAUGCCAUUGAGGCAGUAUUGAAAGGAUCAGAGUUAACAUUCCAGCCAAAACGCAAGAAGGUGCAGAUCAAUUCUUUCACACAGUGGCUGGCUGCCUUUGGAGUGUAUAAAAGUAUUUUAUAUAGUCAACAUCCACAACUUUGUAAAGCCCUACUUAUAUAUCGCCGCACUAUCCAGAAUUGUGAUGUUAAUUUCCAAUGGCACAGUGUGUAUAGCUAUGACAUAAAGUUCUGUCGCAAGCUAGCAGAAACCAGGGAUUUCAGCUAUGACAAAUUAGACCAUGAGCUUUCCAUAACAACGUUUACAGAUCCAAGUGCUGCCAAGUCUCUUCCUACAUGCCAUAGAUGUAAACAACCAGACCGGUCGAGCGAAAGAUUGUCCCUUUUUUGCGAAGAUACCCACCUCACCGGAGACACAAGAGGAGGCCAAGAAGAAAAGCCAGAACACAUUCUUCGAUCUGGCAAGGGGUCCCUGCUUGCAAAGGUAGACCUUGAAGAUGCCUUUUAUCAAAUCCCAGUCCGACCAGCAGACUGGGAGCUUCUCGGGUGUUCUUGGGAUCUUGACAUUGAUAGAUCAGGACAGUCAAAGACAUAUUACUUUUACAGCAAAGUAUUGCCAUUUGGCUUGCGUAGUAGUCCAUCCCUGUUCAAAACAUUUGCAUUUUUCUGGACGACUACAUUACUGUCGAGAAGUGAAAACUUCAAACUGGACGUUCCAGAAUACUUCAACUUUGCCGCUGACGUGUUGGACAAAUGGGCGGAAAGGGAGAAGACAGGUGAGCGCAAUACUAGCAUACCAGCGUUCUGGUGGACCAACAACAAUGGCGACGAACUGAAAUGGUCAUUCCAGGAUCUAAAAUCAAAAUCUGCCAGAACAGCAAAAUUUCUUUAUAAUGUCUGUGGAAUAAGAAAAGGAGAUCGAGUUAUGGUAAUUUUACACCGUGUUCCUGAAUGGUGGUUAUUGUGUUUAGCUUGCCAACGAAUAGGAGCUGUGUUGUGUCCAGGGUCGCCACAACUGACUACCAGUGAUAUCAAGUAUAGACUGAGUGCGGCAAAGGCAAUGACCAUAGUUACUGACGAAGAACACGCAGUGAUGGUAGACCAGUAUGGACAUAAGAAUCUCAAACACAAGAUUUUGGUAUCAGAAGAGAAAGGACAACGAGACGGAUGGCUGUCAUUUCAUAACUUAUACCAGAAUUCCGACGAUGAUUUUGAGGCAUUGUUGAUUGGAACCUUCCCCGGUGUGAAACAGCGACUUGGGUGGAUUGGAAAAACAGCGCCUGGAGCUGAUAUCAGAAUCGUUGAUUCAAAUGGCGUAGAACAACCAAAUGGUACUGAGGGAAUUAUUGGAGUUAAAGUCUACCCAGAGAGACCAGUAGGGUUAUUUGCUGGAUAUUUAGACGGUGACCACCUUAACGAGAAAAUCUUUCGUGGUGGUUACUAUCUUACUGGUGAUAGAGGAAUCAAAGACGACGAAGGUUACAUCCGUUUUGUGUCACGUGACGAUGACGUCAUUUUAUCUUCAGGCUAUCGAAUUAGUCCAGUUGAAGUUGAAAACGUUCUAUUUCAACAUCCUGCAGUUGCUGAAUCAGCAGUCGUGAGCAGUCCAGAUGUAGUCAGAGGAGAGAUUGUGAAAGCAUUUGUGGUUCUCCAAAAAAAUUAUAGAACACACAAUGCAGAAAAGUUAAUAAAGGAAUUACAAGAACAUUCAAAGAAAAUCACAGCGCCGUACAAAUACCCACGAAAGAUCGAGUUUCUAGAUGAACUUCCCAAAACAACAACCAACAAAAUACAACGAUUUGCCUUGCGUAAUAAAGAAUGGAGCAGAUCUAGAACGGUGAAUUAAGUAGAGUCCGAAUUGAACGAGGGAUUCAUCUGUAUGUCUGGGCGUACUGUGAUCGAAUUAAGGAGUUGUUUUACAUUCAUUUUCGUUAUUAUAUGAAAUCAAAUUUUGCAUAUAAUCUUUCUGUCUGAUGAUGACAAGCUCGAAUGUUGUGUUUAGUGUUAUAUCUACUAGUACCAUCGUUUGCAUGUGAUUACGUUUAAUUUCACACAAUUGUACCAAAGCCAAUCUAUACUGUGUGAGUUCGUAUUUGACCAUGAAUACUAGUUCUAUAUGUGUACAUAUGUGUAGUUAUUUGUAUAUGUCAGACAUUCUACAUGACUAGCAACAACUUGUCACUGUGUAACCAUGCUCAU